CGAGUAAGAACAUUGUGGUGCCACUGCACUGGCGGAUAUCAUCUUUGUCUCACGAAAUUCGGAAUCUGAGCAGCAAAUACUUGAUCAUUUCACUUGGCCAGUUGGUAAACUACAUAGUUGGUAUCGACUGUGACAGUGCCGAAGACCGAUAGAGCGUUGCGCUUAGCACCAUUCAUUGUUUGCACGGACGGCUGUUGGUCCGUCUCAACUACCGCAUUCUGUUCUCACCGACUCGUCGACCUUGAAAACAGAAGCGCCGCAGCCCCAAACUCUACUGAGUACUCGGAACUGCCCUGUUGUGUAGGCUUAGUCAGUUAGUGGCUUACUCCGAGCAGGGUCUGCCUACAAGUAACGAGGUUAGAUAAAAAGGAGAGAAGGACAGAGAGGAACAGCGACAGUUGCGUAACGUUUGCUUGUAUUUUGAUCAACGAAGAGAGUCAAGCUAGACCGGUAACUCACUGCAAUGGAAAACUCUCCGCUGUCCGGACGAGGGCGCUCAGACGGAGGCCAGGGUCCAGCUGCCACAGCAUGCAGCUCCAAAUCACUGUUCAAACCCCACUCCUCAGCCAGUACAACUGGCUUGGCAGAGCCCAGCCACGAUGACGGCUGGAGGCAUGGCUUAUCCAACUCAAACCUCCCUUCAGCUAGUGCAGGUGCAGCCCGGCGGUCAUACCGGAGCGGCGACGGUGAUGCAGCAGCCAGCCCACCCGCAGCAACAGCCGGUACUGGUGACCGGCUGCGGUGGCCAGGCCCAAAUCGUCUCAUCCAUGCAGGCUGGACUGAACGGGCAGCCAGUACAUGUGGAUGCGCAUGGAAGGGUAAUCGUUCACCAGUCAGUCAUAGCUGCACCAUCCGCCAGUGGUCCAAUGACGCUGGUGACCAACACACAGCGUAACUACAAUCAGGAUCAGGCGGCAACGUGCUACGGCAACAUGCAGUACGUCCCAGCCUUGCCCAUGGGUCUGGCCAUCAUGGUGCUAAUCCUCAACAUCCUCACUGCUGGAUUGGGAACUAUCAUGGGAGGAGUAUGCUUGCUGUGCGUUGGGCACCCGUAUCAAGUGAACCAGGACCUCGGCCGUGUGCUCGCCUGGUGUGUCAUGCUGGGCUUUGGGCAGAUUGGCCUGGCGCUGGUGUUCGGCAUCGGUUGGGUGUGGGGAGUACUGUGGGGUGUGCUGUUCAUCAUAUGCUCAGAUCUCUACUAUGGCCACCCUGUUCAGCCACAACAAGAGGUCAUCACAAGCACUCACAUUCUCCAGUAGGAGUCCAAGACCGUCGGUCCAUAAUGACUCUGACAGCCCUCUGAUAGCGGAUACCUGAUGGGCCGUCUGUUCUGUUCAGGGCAUUGCUUGCCACUGUCAAGCGCACGUGCACAGCUAGCUGUACCAAGUCCCUCUAUGAUGGACAAGCUAGUGAAUUGGAUUGAUACACUUCAAUGUCUUUGGCAUUAUCAUAGGAGAGACUAGCAGCGUUUGAUCAUAACUGCUGUCUCCUUGAUUAUACCCAUGACAUUUCUCUAAGCCGGUUGUGUCUCAACACAAUUGUAAGCCGGUGGCAACCAGGGAGUCAUAAAGUAUUGUACGACUCCCUGGUGGCAAUGCCGAUGUGCAAACUUUACUUCAUAAAAAUUAUACCCGUGCUAAUAAAAUAUGUUGGUUAUACUUGAGCUAUUAGCACCAUGCAAGCCUCUAGCGAGCGCAAAAUUCAAUCUGCAGUCUCACACAUACUGUAGAAUUUAUUUUACUUUGUUUUGAACUUUCCACACACUGAAGUUGCAUGCGCCUCCAGAUUGCACUUGCGUCUGUUGCACGUCCAGCAUUGAACGUAUGUACAUGUUUGUAUGUUUUGUAUACAUGUACUGAGUCUGGUAUGAUAUUAAACCUAACACUGGUUAGAAACCAGUAUUAGAGUGUCCUCCACCUUGUUUCAUGCUGUCAAUCUAACAUGUACUGAGUCUGUACUAGCUCUUUGCAGCAUUCAGUUCGCAUACAUGUACUGUAAAUAUAAGCGUUGCUUGACAUCGAAAACAUAUACCGUUGAUCCGCCCCAAUCUAA